GAAAUUCUGAAAUCCAAAAAAAAAAAAAAAUAAAAAUUAAACAAAAAAGUAUCCCCCGCUUACAAAAUGGCAAAGUGUAACCCCUUAUGGUAUCACUUACUGGCCCUCUACUGUGUAAUGGGUGUGGGGAGAACCACCCUAGCCCUGGAUUGGAAUAAAGUGAAACCCAUGUAUUUGGUGGCCAUGAAUCCGAAACCCACCAACUCGGCCAUGCACGAUGCCAACGAUGAUGAACCGUUGGUCCUGAAUCUGGAAACUGAACCCAUGCCCGAUAAUGACAUUACCAAAGAAGCCAUGAAUCGUAUAUUUGGUGGCAAUGAAGCGGAUAAAUCUAGUUUCCCCUAUCAAAUUGGUUUCCUGCUGCAGAGGCCCAAGGGUCUUUAUUGGUGUGGCGGCUCAUUGAUAUCCCAUGAAUUUGUCUUGACGGCGGCCCAUUGUGUGGAUAUGGCCUCCCGUGCUUUGGUGUUUCUGGGCGCCCACGACAUCAAAAAUCCCGAUGAACCUGGCCAAAUACGCAUGAUGGUCUAUCACCGUGAUUUCUAUAUAUUUCCCACAUGGAAUCCUCGCAAGCUCAAGGAUGACAUUGCCAUAGUGCAUUUGCCGAAAUCAAUAAGCUACAAUGAAAGAAUUCAACCGAUACAAUUACCCAAACGAGACUAUGAAUAUCGGACAUUUGAAGAUAAACUCGGGGUAGCAUCCGGUUGGGGUCGCUAUGCGGCGGGGGUGCAUGCCAUCAGUAACGUACUACGUUACGUACAACUACGCAUCGUGAACGGGAGGACAUGCAAAAAUAAUUUCCCGCUCUCAUAUCGUUCGACGAAUAUUUGUACCAGUGGCCGUUAUCAAAAGUCUACAUGCAAUGGUGACUCCGGUGGUCCUCUGGUGUUACAGCGAAGAACGUCGCGGAAACGUGUCCUAGUUGGCAUCACCUCUUUUGGUAGCAUAUUCGGUUGUGAUCGUGGUUAUCCGGCAGCCUUUACUAAGGUUGCAUCUUAUUUAGAUUGGAUUGUCGAUAUAACGGGUAUUGACCCCAGUCAAGAUGUUUCCGAUGCCAUACGUUUGCAUAAGACACCCAACAAGGAUCAUCAUCAUUAUUAUGGUAAACAUAAGAAUAAAAAACUGCGGAAGCCAUUGAGAUUGCCACCACAACUGGCAAAUGAAAGUUUCGACAUUGACGAUGAGUCGGAAGAAAUUGGUGUCAUCAACACAUCGAAUAGCAAAUAUCCAGAUGCUGAAUUAUUUGCACUGCAUUUAACUCAAACGAAAACUAGGUCAUCGAUUUUGAAAAAGAAAUUGUGAAAAU